CUCGUUUGCGACGCCGUGACGCGACCAAGUUUUGGCGGGAAAAGCGCCGCAUUCGGAUUCCCGAGGUGGUGGGCAAAGGACAGGCUGUCGUGGUUCUUGGUAGAGUCAUGGCAGUGCCCUUUGUGGAAGACUGGGACUUGGUGCAAACCCUAGGAGAGGGGGCCUAUGGAGAGGUUCAGCUUGCUGUAAAUAGAAUCACGGAAGAGGCAGUCGCUGUGAAGAUUGUGGACAUGAAACGUGCCAUAGACUGCCCAGAAAAUAUCAAGAAAGAGAUCUGUAUAAAUAAAAUGUUAAAUCAUGAGAACGUAGUGAAAUUCUAUGGUCACAGGCGAGAAGGCAAUAUCCAGUAUCUAUUUUUGGAGUACUGUAGUGGAGGAGAGCUUUUUGAUAGAAUAGAGCCAGACAUAGGCAUGCCUGAACAAGACGCUCAGAGAUUCUUCCAUCAACUCAUGGCAGGAGUGGUUUAUCUGCAUGGUAUUGGAAUAACUCAUAGGGACAUUAAACCAGAAAAUCUCCUGUUGGAUGACAGAGAUAACCUCAAAAUCUCUGACUUUGGCCUGGCCACAGUAUUUCGGCAUAAUAAUCGUGAGCGUUUGUUGAACAAGAUGUGUGGGACUUUACCUUAUGUUGCUCCAGAGCUUCUGAAGAGAAAAGAUUUUCAUGCAGAGCCGGUUGAUGUUUGGUCCUGUGGAAUAGUACUUACUGCAAUGUUGGCUGGAGAAUUGCCAUGGGACCAGCCCAGUGACAGUUGUCAGGAAUAUUCUGAUUGGAAAGAAAAAAAAACGUACCUCAAUCCUUGGAAAAAAAUCGAUUCUGCCCCUCUAGCUCUCCUACAUAAAAUCCUAGUUGAGAAUCCAUCCGCUCGGAUUACCAUCCCAGACAUAAAAAAAGAUAGAUGGUACAACAAGCCACUCAAGAAAGGGGCAAAGAGACCCCGAGCCACUUCAGGUGGUGUGUCAGAAUCUCCUGGUGGAUUCUCUAAGCACAUUCAAUCCAAUCUGGACUUUUCUGCAGUCAACAGCGCAUCUAGUGAAGAAAAUGUGAAGUACUCCAGUUCCCAACCAGAGCCACGGACAGGUCUUUCCUUAUGGGACACCAGUCCCUCCUACAUCGAUAAGCUGGUACAAGGGAUCAGCUUUUCCCAGCCCACGUGUCCUGAUCAUAUGCUUCUGAAUAGUCAAUUACUUGGCACCCCAGGAUCCUCACAAAACCCCUGGCAACGCUUGGUCAAAAGAAUGACACGAUUCUUUACCAAAUUGGAUGCAGACAAAUCUUACCAGUGCUUGAAGGAGACCUGUGAGAAAUUGGGCUAUCAGUGGAAGAAGAGUUGUAUGAAUCAGGUUACUAUAUCAACCACUGACAGGAGAAACAAUAAACUGAUUUUUAAAGUGAAUUUGGUAGAAAUGGAUGAGAAGAUAUUGGUUGACUUCCGACUUUCUAAGGGUGAUGGAUUGGAGUUCAAGAGACACUUCCUGAAGAUUAAAGGGAAGCUGAGUGAUGUUGUCAGCAACCAGAAAGUGUGGCUGCCUGCCACAUGAUCCACCCGUCGUUUCUGGGGAUUCCUCGAAAACUCAGUGCUGCUAUGCUGACAUUAUUCUUCCUGGAGAAGAUGAUUUCUGUUCUGCAAACUGCAAACAAAUAGCUCCU